AUGUAGAAUAUACAAGAGCACCUGGAACUGUAUUUAUGACCUCAAGACGCAUCCGACGAUACUAGCUAGUCUAACGGAUGUCCCUGUGUUCUGUGUCGCAUAUCUGGAGUUACGAAUACCCUGAUGGAGGCGUACACUCACCAGUCCGCCGUUCCCGCCGGCCGUUUUGAACGUUCACUCCUGUGAAGAUGGGAUGAACUUUGGCGUGCUUUCGAUAUGUUGUAUGCUGUCUUGUACAUGGCUUAUCGCACGCUCCGACGCAUGUUCGCACCGGCGAAUGCAGUCGGUAUGAUAUUAUUGGGGAUCCUGGACUCCACCUACGUUGUCCAUCAGUGGAGUGGAUUAUCCUCACCAGUACGCCGUUCCCGUCGGCCGGUGAAGCUUUCGAUAUGUAAUAUGCUCUUGGCCUAUAUGUGGCUUAUCGCAUGCUCCGUCGUAUGUUUGUGCCGGCGGAUGCAGUUGGCACCACGGCUGAUGGGGUUGUCGGGGAUCCUGGACUCGACUUGCAGGUUUUAUAUACUUGUCUGUCAGUGGGGAAGUGGAUCAUCCUGACAUCACUGAGCCAGUCAUUCAAAGAGAUGAGAAAGCCGUCGCGAUAA